AAGCGGUCGGGAUCCAGUCUGUAGGACCGUUUACACACACACCGGCUAAAUCGGUGCCGGUGCCGGUACCGAUUCCCGUGCCAGCAAAGAUUUAAUUUCACAUAUACCGGCAUUUCCGUGCCGUCAAUUUUAUUCGGUGUUUGGCACUGGUAAAAGAAAGAUGUAUGUUUCUGCUCAUAAUAAACGUUGUCUUCUAGGGCUACUGUAUCUCAGGAGUAAGUAUCGAAAAGCUAAAAAAUAAAGACACAACACUAGGUGCAUCCUCUACUGUGAGAUACUUAGAAGAUGGCUUCUAUACACUUUUAAAAAACUUAGGAAAGAGAAUUCUUUAAUUACCUUAGAAUGAGUACUGAUUUCUAGUGGAACGAUUAUUAAAUAAUAUCAAGUAUCAGAAUACUUCAAUGAGGGCAUGUAUUCCUCCAAAGGUCGCAGUCACAAUAAGGUACCUUGCCUCUGGAGCAACACUUACUGAUUUACACUACUACUGCAGAAUCGGAAUAAGCACAAUAAGUAAAAUUGUUCGUUUGGUAUGGAACUUAUUAAAAGCCGAAUUUCUUCCGCAGCCUAGAGAGGAAACAUGGCAACGUAUAGCAAAUAAGUUUGAUAAAUCCACACUGCUCCUCAAUUGCUUAGGCGCUAUCGACGGAAAACAUAAACGAGCUAACCGAUUUCCCCAUAGUAGCUCAAUGAACCUUAAUUACAAGGGUUAUUUUUCCAUUAUUCUUAUGGCAGUGGUCGAUUCCGAUUAUAAAUUCAUAUAUGUUGAUAUAUUGGCCUGUGGCAUCUGUAUUUCAGCAAACAGUAUUUUUCAAAUUAAUGAUGAAAGAUCAAUGACAUAUCCCACCACCAUUAGAAGUAACUGAUGCGACCUUACGUUGGACAUAACCUUACUGAGAAAAGAAGAAUAUUCAAUUAUCGAUUAACUCGGGCAAGAAGGUACGUUGAAUGUACUUUCUG